GUAAACAAUUCUCAUUUUUUGACUCAAAAAUAGUGAAAAAAAUGUCUUUCGACACAAUUCCAAAGGAUCUGAGGGGCCUCAGGGCAUGCUUAGUGUGCUCCCUUGUCAAGACUUUUGAUCAUUUUGAAUACGACGGAUGCGACAAUUGCGAUGAAUUCUUGAGGAUGAAGAACAACAAGGAGAUGAUCUACGACUGUACCAGCAACAAUUUCGAUGGGUUAAUCGCCGUGACGAGUCCGGAAGACAGCUGGGUGUGCAAAUGGCAGAGAAUUAAUCGAUUUACAAAAGGAAUUUAUGCAAUUUCCGUGGCUGGAAGACUUCCAAACGGGAUCAUCCGCGAGAUGAAGCAAAAGGGUCUCACAUACAGACCAAGGGACACAAGUCAGCGAUAAAUCUCAACUCCUACAUUCAUUUUUAACUUUAUUUUCCAUUUCCUGUAAGAAAUAAAUUGAUUUUAAAA